AUGGGCAGCGCGUCGCCGCCCAAGACUGGGCUCAAACAGGCAGCUUGCCUCGUGUGCCGCAGGGGCAAGAUCAAGUGCGAGUAUCUGGCGGAUCAGGGCCGCUGUCGCCGCUGUCUCCAGCUUGACAAGGAAUGCGUCAGACCCGACUACCACGCAGGCCGACAACGCGGCAUAAAAAAUAAGAGGGUUGGCAUAGACAAGGCCAUCUAUCAGGUGCAGCAGGCGGCUCGCCGCGCUGGCAAAGGCGGCCGUGGGAGCAAGGCGGAUGAGACGAUACUGGCUCGGCUGCGGGACAUCCUUCACGAGGUGGAUGGCGGCAACGGGGUAUCACCGAGCAAUGAGUCGCACAACACGGGCGGCGGCGACGACUCCAUGAGCGAGGGUGAUGACGAUGAUGAUGACGAUGACGGCGAUGCUCUUGGCGAAGACGACGACGACGCCGUAAACAGCAGUCGCCAAAAUGGUAGCAUGAGCGCCAGCGCCAGCGCCCGCGAGGUUGAGCCUGACCCGGGUGCCCGGUACCAGAGACCGCCCGGUGAGAGCUUGGCUGUUGAUGAUGCAGAGAACCCUCUGCAGUUGCUGGCUAGAGCAUCGUAUUUUACGCCGUCGGCAGAAGAGCGCGGCAAGCGAUCGCCGCAAAAGACGAGGCAAGAUGCUGCGGCCGCCAGCGAUGCCGAGCAUGCCAAACUCAACGACUUCUUCUCCAUUACUCGUUCCGACCUAGAUGUCGGUGACGAAAUUGACCCCAUCUCUCUUGGUCUCGUAGAAGAAGACGAAGCCGAGAUGCUAUUUACCUAUUUCCAUGAAAAGCUGGCGCAUACACGCUGGGGACUUGAUCCGGACCUUUACACCGUGUCCUUCACCCGCACCCGCUCCGCGUUUCUCACCACGACGCUCAUGGCAUGCGCGGCGCUGUUCGUCCCCACGGCCGGCAGCCUCUCCAAGCGCCUCUCUAACCACGUCAAGAUGCUGGCGCAGCGCGUCAUCACGCGGCGCCACCGCUCCGUCGAGAUUGUACUCGCCUUUGUCGUCAACAUCCCCUGGAUCUUUCCUGGGCAGCGCAGCACCGACGACGAGACGUGCUGGUACAUUUCCAUGGCGGCCACCAUUGCCAUUGACCUGCUCAUGCACAAGACGCUCGUGUCGAAAAAGGUGCUCGACUCGGGCAUCGGACUGACGCUGGCGCGGGGCGAGUGCCUCGACACCGACACGGCACUCGAGAUUGACGGCUACGAGGGCAUAGAGCCGUGGUCCGAACGCGGUAUGAUUCUGCUGCGGUCGAGAGAGCGGUGCUGGAUCUCGCUCUACGUUGUCGAAAGAGGAAUGGGCCUUGCUCGUGGGCGACCUUUCAUGGUGCCUGUAACGCGGCUGAUCAAAGACUGCGACGACUGGCCUAAAUCGACUAUCGCUGCGUCCCAAGACGGGCAUGCAGUUUCCAUGGCAGUAAUGCGCAGAGACCUGGAUGUGCUCUUUAGCAAUGUCCGCUCACUCUGUGACGGUUCGCAGAGUGCCAGUAGCGACGGCUCAGCAAUAGCGCGAUCCAUCCAAGACGCCAUUGAGCACUUCUUUGAGCAGUGGCAUUCCAAAUGGGACUUGUCCAUCGGUGUUGGACCAGACCGACGACUCCCGCCAUACGUCGAGAUCCUCGUCAGCCACACACGCCUGUCCACGUACGGCGGCGUCAUCAACCACCCGACGGCGCCCAUCGAGGUGCGGCGCUUCUUCCGCACAGCCGGUCUCUCUUCGGCGCUCAACGUCAUGCGCGCCGCCAUCCAGGGCGAGUCGCUGCUCCAGUCCAUGCCCAACAACACCACCAUCAUGAUCUGCUUCGCCGCCUGCUUCGCGCUGACGCUCAGCGCCUACACGACCGAUAGCUCGGCGCUCGCACCGAGCAUCCGCAAGCUCAUCGUCGAGGCCGCCGGCGUGCUGGAGCGCCUCGGCACCAUCACCAAGCACCGCAACGGCCUGUCUGUCCUGUACGGCAAGUACCUGCGGCAGAUUGUCCGCAAGGCCGUCACGACGAGGAAGGCGUCAGGACGAGACCUCGCAGGCUCCGUGGCGGCCGCGAAUAACAGCAGCAGCGGCACGCCCAUGUACGCAACGACAUCCGCGGCGGCGACGACUGCGCCGGCUCUCAUGGCGCCCGUUGCCAUGCUGGCACAACAGCGGCAGCCAGACCUCAUGCACACGCAGCUGCCGCCGCCGCCGCAGCAGCAACACCAGCAUGCCCAUCCCCAGCAGCAGCAAAUGACGGGGCAGGCGAUGCUGUGGCCGGAGACGCUGCAGUUUUCGGCCAUGUCGGGCGAUCAGAUCACGCAUGUGCUGAACCAGCCGGGUAACGGCUUCGAGCCGUCGUUUGGCGGGCUGUCGUGGCAGGACAUGAACAACUUUGACUGGCUUCCCUUUCCAGAGUUUGGCAUGUAA